GGUAAGGUAAGGGUGUUGGCAAUAGUGACCGGGUGGCCUGAGUCAUCUCGAGACUUCUCCAGUAAACUCUACUGUACUGUAGCCCGAUAUAAACAACUACAAAAUGUCCAAAGGAGAACCAGACCAAGAAUUAAAGAAAGCCUUUAUGGAGUUACAAGGCAAAAUGCAGGAGACAAACCAGAAAUUACGCAUUGCUGACGUCCAGGUAGAAAGCCUUAAGAAGCAGAUUGUUCAUGCCCAGCUCACAGAUAAGGAAAUUCAGAGUCUUGGUGAAAGCACGCGGGUUUAUGAGAGUGUGGGACGUAUGUUCCUCCUUACUGAUAUUCCCAUGGUGCGUGAGAAUCUGAAAGCCAAAGUCUCCAAAUGCAACGAAAAAAUUACUAACUUACAGUCGAAUAAGGAAUACCUCGAGCGCAGUAUGUCAGAAAGUCAGAAUAAUCUGAGGGAGCUGAUUAAACAAAAGCAGUCUGUAGGUGUUGCUUAACAAGACUGCAGGAUGAAAUAAAGACGAAUCAAUUUAAGUUUCACCCUUCAGCUCAACAUUAAUUGUUAUGCUCACUGUUGGAGUCAUGUUAUUUUGUCUUAAACAGUGAUGUAACAGGAUAUAAUAUUGUAUGUAAGAUUAAUGUCAUUCUCAGAAACUUGUGACACGUACAGUAUUUGGCCAUGGCCAUUUGCUAAGAUUACUGUACGGUACUAAAUUCAUUUUUCUAAAUACUGUACAGUAUAUUGUAUUGAGGGUUUGGAGAAUUGACUCGUGCAUUUCAAUUUAGUAACAUCAAUUGGACUUGAAAUUAUUUUUGACUCUUCUGAUGAUCUUGAGGCAGCACCUGUGUUGAUGGGUGUUAGCCCUGCUUCUGUAGGCUAUUGACCCACAGUGUGUCAUUCAGUGAUGAUUUAAUCCUAAAGGAUUUUAUCUCUCCACUCUUACUGUUUAAUCAUGUUCAUAUGUUAGUUACUGAUUCAAUAUAUAAUUUUUUUUUUUAUUGGAUUGAAAAUGUUUUCAUAUAGUGUUUGUUCCGCAUUUUUUAAAGAUUCACGUAAAUUUAUUCAGUUGGAUAGAUUCCUAAGCAAGGAUUGGUAACUUGCACUUCAAACAUUGCUUUCAUUGAAUCAGCAGUAGUGUUCACCCAUGUCUCUAUGUUCAUUAAAAGUUAAAAAAAAAAACAUU